AUGGCAUGGCCGUGCAUCACGCGUGCUUGCUGCGUCAACCGCUUUUGGAGCGAGCUGGACAAAGCGGACGCCACGGUGCCUUUGGUUUUCACCAAAUAUUCGGAUGUGGCCGACCUACAGCGUCAUCUUCCCCGUCACCCGCAGAAGAGGGCCGGAGCCAUAGAAACCCAGCCACAUCCCGGCGACCAUGAGACCGGAAAAGCACCGCCCGCGACGGGUGCUGCACCGGGCAAAGAUGGCUCUGCGGCGUCCGUCAUGCGCCAAGACUUCAAGGCGUGGAGAGUGCUCCCCGAGCCGAGCUGCAAGCCCAGAAACGAGUACCAACGCUCGGCGGCCCCGUUCAAUACCGAAACUCAGUAUCAGAAGGAUUACAAGCAGUGGCCUAUCCCGAAGAAGCACGACCACCCUUGGAUACCCAAACCCAGCCCCACCGGCACGAGCUCCGGCGGGCCGGAGCGGAGCGCGUGGAGCGGUAAACCGGAGCAUGCGGAGGCCGAGAGCGGCGUGGAGAAGAGCGAGAUCGAGGAGAAAACACAGGAGAAAGAAUUCAAAGAGCCGGCGAAGAGAAGCGUGAAGAGGGAAACGUCAGCAGAGAGGCACGCGGGGGAGAAGACGGAAGCUCAGGUGGCUGCAGGUGUGAGCGCCGAGCAAAGGAAAGGCAGAGCGGCCGCAGACGCGCUCAACACACAGAUCAAGCAGGUCAUGUCGACCACGAGCAGCUAUCGGACUGAGUUCAAGGCAUAUAAGGAUGUGAAACCAGUGAAGGCCAUUAAAGCUCCAUCUCAAUAUAAACCCCCAGUGGAGGAGAGCAGUCUGGAGACCAGCUACAGCGCCACAUACAAGGGGGAGCAGGUGAAGGCUCACCCCACUGACAACAAGCUGAUGGAGCGCAGGAGGAUACGCAGCCUGUACAAUGAGCCUGGCAAGGAGCCUGCCAAGGUGGAUAAACCAGUGUCCCGCACCAAACCAAAAAAGACACCACCACCAACAACAACAACAGGGAAAAUGGUGAAAAAAUCAAAAGAUAAGCAGAUUGCUAGUUCUCAGUCAGCCAAGAAGAAACCGUCUUUGGACGCACCAGAGCCCAAACCAGAUGGAGCGGUCACAAAGAAGAGCAAAGAGAUCAGCAAUAGACUGGCUGAAGCGAAGCAGUGAAAGUAGUUCAUCUCUACACUUUUAUCUGCGUGAUCAAAGGCGACUUGACACAUUAGGCAAAUUUCUUCCAUUUGGUUUAUUUCCCCACCAGCUCUGUUUUUGCUGUCCUGACAUAUGUUGUUCACCUUCGAAUAGGCACCAGUGUUAAGCUUUUAGAAUAAUGCAAAUAAUUUCACUUUAAAAUGUGUAUGAAAGUGUGUGUGUGUGAGAAAGUGUGUGAUUCCUUGUUUGUGGGUGCACAGAAUCGCUUAAUAUUGUUGAGCACAUUAUUUGCACAUUAUUUAUAUGAGUUCUGUUUGACAUUGAACUAUAAAAAAGAGCCAUCAAUACACAUGCACAUGUGUAUGAAUGGGCAUUUUUACCUUUCUCUGAAUGACAAUUGAGAUAAAUAUAAUGAUUGUAUAAAAUGUCAAAGGGAUGCUUUUUCUCUGAGACUGUAUCACAUAAGAGGUUUUGUGAAAGUACAAAAUCUGUUUUAUAGUUGCGUUUCCUAGUUACAGUGCCUCCGCUGUAUGGUCCUGGUUUUCAUUUCGUUGUUCUGGAUGAUAUCUGGUUUUAUCAGUUUGGUUGCCAAGAAACCAAAUGAACUGUAAUAUAAUUGCUACAGCUUGCAUGCAGGACCCCAUUUUUGGUUGUGUAGCAACAUUUUAGCAGACUUUAUGUCACAGUCACAUUUUAGCUUGUAAAUUUAGCCUUUAACGAUAAAUAUAUAGGAGCAAGACCUUUUUAAAUAUAAUGCAUGUGUAGUAAUAGAUUCUGGCCACCAUAGAAACAAAAGUACGAAGUAAAAUCAUAGUCUAGUGGCUGUUUAAAGCUAUAAACUAAACACACCAGCAAUAUGGAUUCACCCACAAGCAUAUGUCUUGCAAUCUAAAUGAAGAUCUACUCCUUCAAUUUGAUGGGGAUACUGCAGUUUUUAUGAUGACUCAGUAUUUUUUGACAUUGUACUCCAUCCUCUCUGAGAUGUGACGCUUUAAUUGUGCUAAAUAAGAAAAAAAUAUAUGCAUUUAGGUCUGAAAAGGGAGAACCUAUUGUAGUUACUCAAUACAUGUCCUUCUGAAUAGGCUGAUCUCUCCAGGUGUUGAAGGACAAGGAAUGGGCCAGGACUUGAAGUUCAGCUCUUUGAAAUGCUGCUGUGUGAAAAUGUGCAAACAAAACAUCUGUUCAUUUUAGACAUGACAUGAAGUAUUUGUACUUAAACCCUUUGCGGCCAACUUGGUCGCAGUGUGUGAGAGCCCAUUCGAGCACUACCACGUGAGUCUGCUUCCAGUUCUGGCUUCCGUGUGUGUGUGUGCGUGUGUUUGUGUGAGCGAGCACGAGCAAGUGAGAGAUUUGUCUGUGUAUGAUCUCUGCUGCCUGCUAGCAUCAUGUCUGAUCCAACCACUAGGCGUG